CAUGCAGCAAUUAGGAAGUUGUAAUACUAGAUAUUCUUGGUCUUCCUGAGAGCAGAGCACUGAGUCUGACUUCAGCUUGAGACCCCAAAAUGUCUUUUGGAUUUUCUGUGAGAGUGAUGGUGCUCUUUUUUGCUUUGGGGCACAAUACAAAUGCACUUGACACAAGUGGAGGCUCCAGUGGCACUAGGCCUCUCUUUGCUUAUCCACGAAGCCACAAGCCUGCUUUUGUGUCAACUUAUGAGCAUUCUGCACAGCCUGGAGGGUUUCUGGGUAGUUCUGGAUCCGGUCACAGUGGAAGUGGGCAAGUAGAUGGUUACAGUCCAUUUGGAAGUGUUUCUAGUUAUGUGCCUGACUCUCAGAUCCUUAGGAAACCCAAACUGAGCUCUCAGCAGCCACCUAAAGCUAACCCCAAUGCAAACAGUGUAUCCUGGACCAAUGGACCAAUGGAUUCUCAAAAUGUAAAAAGUAUCAAGUCAGGUAUUGCUUCAAGUAAUGCAAUUAUUAUGCAAUCUGUUAACGAGCCACAUGGCUUUAAUCCGGGCUACACUCAAGAGCAGUCCAGGCCCCAGCAGCUUCCCAAUUUCAAUACGGGCAACUUGCAGACGCCAUCCAAGCCCCAGCAGCUUCCCAAUUUCAAUACAGGCUACCUGCAGAGACGCCCCAGUCCCCAGCAGUUGCCCAGUUUCAAUUCUGGCUACCUGCAGAGGCCGGCCAAACCCCAGCAGCUGCCCACUUCCAAUAUGGCCUACGUGCAGAAGCUGCCCCAGCAGCUGCCCACUUCCAUCAUGGCGUACCCGCAGAAGCUGCCCCAGCAGCUUCCCAGUUCCAACAUGGCGUACCCGCAGAAGCUGCCCCAGCAGCUUCCCAGUUCCAACAUGGCGUACCCGCAGAAGCUGCCACAGCAGCUGCCCACUUCCAACAUGGUCUACCCGCAGAAGCUGCCCCAGCAGCUGCCCACUUCCAACACGGCCUACCUGCAGAAGCUGCCCCAGCAGCUGCCCACUUCCAACAUGGUCUACCCGCAGAAGCUGCCCCAGCAGCUGCCCACUUCCAGUACAGGCUACCUGCAGAGGCUGCCCAGGCCCCAGCAGGCGCUCACUUCCAAUACAGGCUACCUGCAGAAGCCAUCCCAGGAGCUGCCCACUUCCAGUGCAGGCUACCUGCAGAGGCCGCCCAGGCCCCAGCAGGCGCACGCCUCUAAAUCCGCCCACCAACCAAAGAAGCCCCAGGAAAGCGUGCUGCAAACCAAAGCUGGCAUGUGGAAGUUGUUUUCGGAUCCUAAUGAGCAGCCUGCCAACUCGAAGGUUGAUUCAGGAAAGUCAAAACCAAUUUCAAUGGCAUCUCCGUGCCAAUCCAGAGGGAAGCGUCCACUAGUGCCAAUGUAAAACCUUUCCCUCGCGGUUCCUGACAUCCUGAAAUUGAUCCUGGCAUUACAUUUUUGGGAAAAUAAAAGCUUUGAACUACAUUGACUGAAAUUGUCAUUUGAAACAUGCAAAUAUACGUAUGUGACGAUGCCCACUGAUUUCGCAAUUAUAAUACAAUAACUGAAGUUUACAAAAUGUAUACAAAUGUAAUUCCUGCAGUGAACGAGUUACACAAAUCUGACCCAGGUUCUUAGUCAACAAUGUUGAGCACUUUGCGAUGGUUUUUAAAGCAUGUAAUGCCAGAACAGUCUUGUUGGAAAAUAAAAUCCACGCCAUGGUUCAAAGUGUUGUAACCUGACUGAGUCCUAGCUCUAUUGUGCCAUUCAGGCUCAAAGACCUGUAUUUCUGAAACUAUUUUUUACAGAACUUUAUGAACGAUUCUGAGAAUGAUGUUUGGUCUGGUGCAGAAAUCGGGUUUACCUGACAUUUUUUUCCAUUAUUUGAAAGUACAGCUGGUAUAAAAUGUUUACACAAAUGUGCAA